ACACUUAAUCGAUCGAGUGUAUCCAUACAGAGUAGUUAUUGUUUCCUUAAACAAAGAUUUGAAAUCUUGUUACUUAAACAUAUUUUGUGUCGCGCAUUAUAAGAGAUACAUAUAAAUUCGGGGAUAUAAUCCAAAUCUUCAUUUGAGGAAACAAUAUUCUCUCUCCAAUCUUUCUCCCUCUAUAAAUAAAUUCAUAAUCCACUCAACAUGCAAUUAUCUCAAUUAACUCUAAGGAAUUAUUCAUAAUUCUGCUUCACUAAUUUGAGUGUGAACUGACGUGGAUACUAAGAAUUUGAGUACGAUGGGGUGUGAGAAAGAAGAAAAUCCGUACAAACAAAGAUUGCUGGUGGUAGCUAAUCGGCUUCCAGUAUCGGCAGUAAGGAUGGGUGACGAUAAUUGGAAGCUAAAUAUUAGUGCAGGAGGGCUCGUUAGUUCUCUCCUGGGUUUGAAAGGUUUCGAGGUCAAAUGGAUAGGAUGGGCUGGGGUUAGUGUAACUGAUGAAGUUGGACAGAAAUCACUUACAAAAUCAUUGGCAAAAGAGAGGUGUAUACCAGUUUUUCUUGACGAGGAAACUAUUGAUCAAUAUUACAAUGGCUACUGCAACAAAAUCUUGUGGCCUAUGCUGCAUUAUCUGGGUCUUCCUCAGGAAGAUCGGCUUUCAACCACCCAGAGCACUCAGUCUCAAUUUGACAUGUAUAAGAAGGCAAAUCGUAUGUUUGCUGAUGUUGUCAAUAAGCAUUACCAACAGGGUGAUAUUGUGUGGUGCCAUGAUUAUCACUUAAUGUUUCUUCCACAAGUUUUAAAAGAAUUUAACACUCAAAUGACAGUUGGUUGGUUUCUGCACACACCUUUUCCGUCCUCUGAAAUACACAGGACAUUGCCAACUCGAUCAGAAUUACUCAGAUCUGUUCUUGCAGCUGACAUAGUUGGCUUUCAUACAUAUGACUAUGCGAGGCAUUUUGUUAGUGCCUGUACCAAGAUCCUGGGACUAGAAGGUACCCCUGAAGGAGUGGAAGAUCAAGGGAAACUUACUAGAGUUGCAACGUUCCCUAUCGGGAUAGAUGCAAGUCGAUUUAUACGAGCUCUUGACCUUCCUGAAGUGCAGGAAUACAUAACAGAUUUCAGGGAAAGGUUUGCUGGAAGAAAGUUAAUUUUAGGUGUCGAUCGCCUGGACAUGAUCAAAGGAAUCCCUCAAAAGUUGCUUGCUUUCGAAAAGUUCCUAGAAGAAAAUCCAGAUUGGUGUAGUAAAGUUGUCCUUUUGCAAAUUGCUGUGCCAACAAGAACUGAUGUUCCUGAAUAUCAGAAGCUUAAAAGUAAAGUCCAUGAAAUCGUUGGACGCGUCAAUGGAAGAUUCGGGACACUUACCUCUGUCCCUAUACAUCAUUUGGAUCGGUCUCUUGACUUCCAUGCAUUAUGUGGACUAUAUGCUCUUACUGAUGUUGCACUUGUGACAUCUCUAAGGGAUGGGAUGAAUUUGGUGAGUUACGAGUUUGUUGCUUGCCAAGCUUUGAAAAAAGGCGUUCUCAUUCUUAGUGAGUUUGCAGGUGCAGCACAGUCUCUGGGAGCUGGAGCUAUCUUAGUAAACCCCUGGAAUAUCCCAGAGGUUGCUUCUGCAAUAUCCUAUGCAUUAAAUAUGCCAAGUGAAGAAAGGGAAAAGAGGCACCAACUUAAUUUCAUGCAUGUGACAACUCAUACUGCCCAAGAGUGGGCAAAGAUGUUUGUAAGUGAGCUUGAUGAAACUGUUGUUGAAGCUCAACUACGCGCAACACAACUAUGGGCACAGCCAUCACUUCCUGUCAAUGUUGCAAUCGAGCAAUAUGUGAAAUCUGAUAACCGAUUGCUGAUUCUGGGAUUUAAUGGAACAUUGACAUCAAUAGAAAAUCCAAUAAUAAUAGAUGAUCAAAUUAUAGACUUGGGACUUAGUUUGCAUCCGGAUUUGCAUGAACCGUUGAGAAGGAUCAGCAGUGACCCUAACACAACUGUAGUUGUGCUCAGUGGAAGUGAAAAGCAUGUCCUGGACGAGAUCUUUGGCGGCUACAACAUGUGGCUGGCAGCUGAAAAUGGUAUAUUCCUACGUCAUCCAACUGGUGAUUGGAUGACGAUGAUGCCAGAAUUCUUGGGUAUGGAAUGGGUUGGAAGCAUUAAGCAUAUUCUUGAAUAUUUCACUAAGAGAACUCAUUAUUCUUUUCUGGAGCAACGUGAAACCUCGCUUAUCUGGAAUUAUCAAUUUGCAGAGGCCAAAUUUGCAAGGCACCAGGCGAAGGACAUGUUGUUACAUCUUUGGGAAGGUCAAGUUUGCAGUCCUACUGUUGAUGUUUAUCACGGUGCACAAUCUGUAGAGGUCCGAGCUGUUGGAGUAACAAAGGGAGCAUCAAUAGAUCGUAUACUGGCGAAAAUAGCUUACAAUAAAGUGAUGAAUGCACCCAUAAAUUAUGUCCUCUGCGUAGGGCACUUUCUUGGCAAGGAUGAAGACAUCUAUUCAUAUUUCGAGCCAGAGCCUCGUGUGAAACCUUUAAGGGGAUCAAGAAGUAAGGCAGUAGAUGCAGAAAUAUUGGCUUCUCCACGGAUUCAUACUGGGUUAAGAUCAUUGUUUAAAUCAGAUGAAAGUGGCAUUCAUCAUAGAGUUGCAAUAUGCUCAACUAUGGAGAACGUAGUAACAUAUGAGGGUACUACUGUAUUAGAUCUCAUAGGAGAGAACUACUUUUCUUGUGCAGUUGGGAAAAAACACUCAAAUGCACGCUAUGUUCAGGGGUCAUCAGAGGAUGUCGUUUUGCUACUAAAGGCGCUUGCUCAGGUCUCAUCACCAUAAUUUCAAUAACAUCUUAGGACUAUUAACAAUACUUGGAAAAGUUAGGACGUACUAGAUGUGAUAUAGUUUUAACAAUACUCGAGAAAUCAGGAUUAGAUAUGGUACAGUCUUAACAAAGUGAGGAUUCUUACACGAUAUCAAAUAUGAUACCUUAGGAUUUAGCAUAAUAAUGACCUUGCUGUUAACUUUCUCUGCUCUCCAACAGUCCAACUCUGAUGUUUUAUGUCAUAUCUCUUGCUCAUUCAGCUUCUAAUUUUAAUCACCAUUUCCUC